AGAGUUCAGACACCGUAUUGUGACGUAAUAAGCACAUGAACUACUGUUUCUCGGUAUAUGUAAACAAAUUUUAGCUCCCGGCUUCAAAACACAUCAUGGGUAGCUAAGUUCUCUGCUUUAUCUGUCUGCAGCAGUACUAACAAAUUGCUGAUAGACGUAAAGUUGAUCCAUGGACCCUGCACGUAAUUGUCGCGUAGGUAACCUAAUCUGAAUGAAAGUGUGAAGUAAUGUGGAGGUCGGCAUUUCGUAGCUGUAAUUCCCUCCGAAACGUAUACAGUCCGACUGUACAUUUCAACCGUACCGCAGCAAUGGGCCAUUCUGAUGGUAAAUUAAAGGGAAAAGUUGCAGUUGUUACGGCUUCGACAGACGGCAUUGGAUUUGCCAUCGCCAAGCGUCUGGCAAGAGAGGGAGCCAAAGUGGUUGUAAGCAGUAGAAAGCAAAACAAUGUUGAUAAUGCAGUUGCAAAACUCAAAGCUGAGGGACAUACAGUUACAGGUGUUACUUGUCAUGUCUCGAAAGCAAGUGACAGGCAGAACUUGCUGAAAGUGGCAGAUUCAAAUUUUGGUGGAAUUGAUAUAAUCGUCUCAAAUGCAGCUGUAAAUCCAACUGUGAGCCAAGUCCUAGAGUGCCCUGAGGAAGUAUGGGACAAAAUAUUUGAGGUUAAUGUGAAAGCUGCAUUUCUACUAUCAAAAGAAGCAUUACCUUACUUAAGAAAGAGAGGUGGAGGAUCAAUAAUUUAUAUAUCAUCCAUUGCUGGAUAUCAACCUUUAGGUUUGCUGGGAGCAUACUCCGUUAGCAAAACUGCUCUUCUGGGUCUGACAAAGGCUGCUUCAGUAGAUUUGGCAAAAGAUAAUAUCAGAGUGAAUUGUGUUGCACCAGGAAUUGUUAAAACAAGAUUUUCAAGUGCUCUUUAUGAAAGUGAAGAAACCAAUGAAAUUACACUUUCACAGAUCCCAAUGAGGAGACUUGCACAUCCUGAUGAGAUAUCUGGAAUUGUAUCAUUUCUGUGCUCUGAGGAUGCCUCUUACAUAACAGGAGAAACUAUAAUUGCUUCUGGUGGAAUGCCAUCAAGAUUAUAACAUACAAUGUGAAAGACUGUACUUUACAACUAUAUGAUAUUAUUGAGGGUGAAUGGUACAUUAAAAUCUCCAUUUUUUGAGGAUAUAAAGGAGUUUGUGUCAGUCAGGGUUAAUGUUUAUAAAAAUGUCUCAGUGCAAUAUUUUUUUUAAAUUGUGGGUGUAUGUGAAGCAGUGAUUAUUUUGUAAAUUUUAGAAACUGGGUGUAUGGAAUUGGAUAUAUGUAUUGGUAAUGUAUAUAUGUAACCAUGACAGUAUAGUGAAACAUUGAAUUAAAUAAACAGAUCUUGCCAUUAUAAUUGUA